ACUGAUAGAUGACGUCACUGUCAGCGUUAUAUUUUAUUUUCUGGUUUCACCUAUGCUGAUUUCUGGGUUAAAUUAAUUAUUUUUCUAUUAGUUAAACGCCAUGAAUAAUAAUGGAGUUUGAGCCUUGUAUUUUCAUCUGACGGAACUAUGUUGCUUUCGGAGAUUAUCGAUAGAACAGUUUGUCUUUUGUGUUAAAUAGGGAUUAAAUAACUCGCUCAACGAUGACUAUGUCCCAGUUGAAAAUGGAUCAAGUGAAAGAAAUGUGUAAAAGUUUGUGUGUGUGGCUGGAGACGGUGGUUCCAAGUGUGGGUAAAAAUUUCGAAGACCUGGCAGACGGAGUAGCGAUAACCGAUGCUUUGGUGCAAAUUUCACCUGAAAAUUUCGAGAAAUUACUCCCGAAAAUAAAGAAGGAUGCAGGGUGCAACUGGAGGCUACGAGUGAGCAAUCUAAAGAAGAUUCUUCAUGCUGUGAUAGAAUAUUAUCAAGAUGUUCUCUCCCUGCAACUACAGCUUGAUGCUGUGAAUCCUGAUGUUGUAGCAUUAGGAGAAAAAUGUGAUAUAGUCCAACUCACCAAACUCUUGCAAUUGGUUUUAGGAUGUGCAAUUAACUGUGAUAGGAAACAAGAUUACAUAACAACUAUAAUGCAGUUGGAAGAAUCUGUACAACAAAAUAUAAUGCAAGCUAUUCAGCAAUUAGAAGAUGUAACCCUUGGGUCAGGCAGAUCAGGAAUAAGCCUUUUGUUGUUUGAUACCGAAACAAAAAAUAGACUUAUCAGCGAGCUUGAAACAGCUAAACAGGCUAAAGAUAGCUUAAGCCAGCAGUGUCUGAAUUUGGAACAGCAAAUACAAAUUCUAAUAGACGAGAAACAAAACCUUGUAAUAGAAAACGAUAAUCUCAAAGAAAUUGAAAAAAAAUAUAAGGACAGCAGAAGACAAAUCGAAAAACUGAAAGAGGAAUUAUUCAAAGAUGAAGUUCAGAAAGAUGACUACAAAUCUAAAAUAAUAGAACAAGAAAAACAAAUAAUGAAUUAUCUGGAAAAAAUUUCGGAAUUAACUGUUGCUGCAAGUGCCACCUCACGUUUGAAAGAUGAGAUCGAUGCUCUUUCAGAAUCUGCACUCAAAGUUCAAGAUCUAGAAAUGACAGUAAAUUCAUAUAAGAAAAGAUUAGAGAAAUAUCAGGAUAUCAAAAAGAAAAUGCAAAAACUUGAAGAGAAAAAUAUGGAAUAUUUGCAGAAAAAUUUAGAGUAUGAAGAAGAACUACAGAAAGUUAAUAUAUGGAAGAAUCAGUGUGAGACAUACAAACAGCAGCUAAAUAAUAUUCAACAAAAACUUGAUGAAGAAAUACAGAGAGCAGAUAAAGCAGAAUAUACUGUUGAAAAGCUUGAGAGCAAAUUACUGGCUUUACAAGGAGAAAAAGAUAGGCUAAUUAUAGAAAGGGAUGUUUUGAAGGACGAAAAUGAGGACUUGAAAUUUGGUAGACCAGCUGUUAAAAGUGGUGCUGCAAUGUCAGAAGAAUUGACUCCAACUGAGAUGAAAGAAAGGCUUCGUUUUCUGGAAAAAGAAAAUAAAUCAUUGAGAGGAACUUGCCAAGAAGCUGAAGCCAAACAAACUCUCCUUGAUAAUGCUUUAGGUAGAAUUGAAAAAUUGCAGCAAAUAAACCGUAACUCUACUCAAACCAUUCUGAAAUUAGAAACCCAGAUAGAAGAGUUGACGAAAAAUGAUCAGAAGAAUGAGGCUCAAGAAAAUGCUAUUAAAGAAUAUAAACAUAGAAUUUUAAUGUUGCAAGAAAGUUUGAAUGUGAAAGAAAAUGAAUUUCAUGCUUUACAAACAAGAUAUAAUAGAAAUAUCGAGAAAGCUAGAGAGGUAGCACAGCACCUUGAUUCGAAAUCUAAUGGUACCGUAGAUAUCCUAGCACAACAGGCACAUGUUAGAGAACUUGAAAACAAGCUAAUAGCUACUGGAUUUUACCGCUUAAGCUUGAAUUGUCAUCAAGAAGCAAUGGAUGAGAGAAUUGCUGCAAUGAGCACAGGUCAGGGUCAAACGUUUUUAGCAAGACAGCGGCAGGCUACACCCAGAAAACAAAUUCAGAGAUUCAAGUCCAAGUAGAUGAGGACCAGGCUCGACAAUCUUAUUGCAAUAUAAUAAUAAUAAUAAUAAGAAUUAUAUUUUUGCAGGAAUUUUUCAUGUUCUACUGAGUUUAUUACAAAUCUCACUGAUAUCUUAUUGUUAUCAUAUAUACAAUUAUGAUAAACCAUUAAUCACAACAAAUGCUGAUAUGAUGAAGUUAUAAGUAUACUGAAAAUUGAAUUAAAGAAUAAAUUUAUGGA